AUGAGCGCGGUGGGCAAGUUCGGGCCCAAUGGCGACCGGGAGCCCGAAAGUGCGGAGGACAGCAUCUCCAGUCUGGAGAGUAAUCACUCAAUGGCUGCACAGAACCCCUUUGCUGCGGAGCCUGGGUCGACUCUAGACCCCAAUGGUGAACGCUUCAAUGCCCGGGCUUGGUGCAAGGCCAUGCUCCGGAUGUACACCGAAGACAGCCAGGCACAUCCACCCCGGACCCUGGGAGUGGCCUUCAGCAACCUGAAUGUGCACGGAUUCGGUUCGGAUACCGAUUUUCAGAAGAGCGUGGGCAACGUUUGGCUGGAGGCUGUCGGUCUGGCGAGGAGGCUCAUGGGUCACCGCCAGCGCAAGAUCGAUAUUCUGCAGAACUUGGAUGGUUUGGUGGAGGCUGGAGAGAUGCUUGUGGUCCUUGGACCCCCUGGAUCAGGAUGCACAACUUUCUUGAAGACCAUCGCUGGAGAGACAUACGGCUUUUACGUCGACAAGAACUCAGACCUCAAUUACCAAGGUGUCAGUGCAAAGCAAAUGGCUAGCGCGUUCAGGGGAGAAGCCAUCUAUACCGCUGAGGUCGACGUCCAUUUCCCCAAGCUCACGGUGGGGGAUACCCUAUACUUCGCCGCCCGGGCCCGAGCACCUCGCUACAUCCCUGGAGGAGCGACUAUGAGCCAGUACGCCACACACAUGCGAGACGUCAUCAUGGCCAUGUUUGGUAUCAGCCAUACCAAAAACACUAUCGUCGGAAACGAAUUCAUCCGCGGUGUAUCUGGUGGAGAGCGCAAGCGCGUCAGUAUUGCCGAAGCCUGCCUGAGCAUGGCCCCGCUGCAAUGUUGGGAUAACUCCACUCGUGGUCUCGAUAGUGCUAAUGCCAUCGAGUUCUGUAAGACUCUCCGAAUGCAGACAGACAUCAACGGCGCCACCGCCUGUGUUUCGCUUUACCAGGCUCCUCAGGCUGCCUACGAUCAAUUCGACAAGGUCCUGGUGUUGUACGAGGGUCGCCAGAUCUAUUUUGGUCGCACAGCCGCGGCUAAGAAGUACUUCCUCGACAUGGGUUUCAUCUGCCCUGAUCGACAAACCGAUGCUGAUUUCCUCACCUCCAUGACCAGCCCCCUCGAGCGUGUCGUGCGGCCAGGUUACGAAAACCACGUGCCCCGGACCCCCGAUGAGUUCGCCGCACGGUGGAAGGCCUCAGCAGAGCGAGCGCAGCUGAUGCGAAACAUUAAAGCGUAUAACGCAAAGUUCACUCUUGGUGGUGAAUACCUGGACAAGUUCAAGCAAUCCCGCAGAGCUCAGCAAGCCAAGGUCCAGCGUGUAUCAUCACCUUACACUCUUUCAUAUACCCAGCAGAUUAACUUGUGCUUAUGGCGCGGGUACAAACGAUUAAAGGGUGACCCCAGUGUCACAAUCUCUUCGUUAAUCGGAAAUUCCAUCAUGGCGCUCGUCAUCGCCAGUAUCUUUUACAAUCUCAAGCCCGACACCAACAGCUUCUUUCAGCGCAGUGCUCUCCUCUGCUUUGCUGUUCUCAUGAAUGCCUUUGGCUGUGGCCUUGAAAUGCUCACUCUUUAUGCUCAACGAGGGAUUGUAGAGAAACACUCUCGAUAUGCCCUCUACCACCCAUCUGCUGAAGCAUUCGCAUCGAUGCUGAUGGAUUUGCCCUACAAGGUCCUCAACGCCAUCACGUACAAUCUGGUUCUCUACUUCAUGACGAACCUCAGGCGAGAACCUGGUGCUUUCUUCUUCUUUGUAUUCACUUCUUUCAUCCUGACUCUAACCAUGUCCAUGUUCUUCCGGUCCAUUGCAUCGCUGACAAGAACCCUUGUCCAAGCCCUGCCAUUUGCUGCGAUUCUAAUCCUGUCUCUGAGCAUGUACACUGGCUUCGCCAUUCCGAAACGGUACAUGCUAGGAUGGGCCCGCUGGAUUUCCCGUAUCAACCCUAUCAAUUAUGGCUUCGAGUCUCUGAUGGUCAAUGAGUUCCACAACCGCGAGUUCAUCUGUGUCAACUACGUCCCGUCGGGUCCUGGCUACGCGGAUCUCGGGCCUAACAACCAUGUUUGCUCCACAGUCGGAUCGGUACCUGGACAGCCCUAUGUCAACGGCGACAACUACAUUGAGUCAUCUUAUGGCUAUACCGCCUCGCACAAGUGGAGGAACGUCGGCAUUAUAUUUGCUUUCAUGUUCAUCCUCAUGGUUGUCUAUCUGGCUGCUACCGAGAUAGUCACCGGAAAGAAGUCGAAGGGCGAGAUUCUCGUCUUCAGUCGCGGACACAAGGCCCUGAAGAAGGGCAAGUCAGAGGAGGAUGUCGAGGGCGGUAGUGGCCGCAGCAUUGCUGUGGAGAAGAAGACCCAAUCAGACAACCUUGCCAUCAUCGAACGCCAGACUGCUAUCAUCCAAUGGAAAGAUGUGUGCUACGAUAUCAAGAUUGGCAAGGAGAAUCGCAGGAUUCUUGAUCGUAUCGAUGGAUGGGUCAAACCGGGCACCUUGACCGCUCUUAUGGGUGUCUCUGGUGCCGGAAAAACCACGCUAUUGGAUGUCCUGGCUACUCGUACCACGAUGGGGGUUAUCACGGGAGAGAUACUUGUUGAUGGCAAGCCUCGAGAUGAGUCCUUCCAGCGCAAGACCGGCUACGCUCAACAACAAGAUUUGCAUCUGAACACAUCCACGGUUCGCGAGGCCCUUACCUUCUCUGCGCUUCUACGCCAGCCCGCUCAUGUUCCUCGUCAAGAGAAGAUUGACUAUGUCACCGAAGUCAUCAAACUCCUAGACAUGACUGAGUAUGCUGACGCCGUCAUUGGUGUACCUGGUGAAGGCCAAUGUUGA